UGACACACAAUGAGUGUUGCCAAAUCCAUACGAAGUAGCCGGCGGACCCGAACAUCCCAGGGUCCUCCGGAAGUUGGCCAUUUCAUCUACUGUGUCAACUUCUACGACAAUGGACUGAAGGCGGUCCAGGAGGAGUUUGUGAAGAGGGUGAUCAGCGGGACGCGCCGGGCCGUCUUUGUGAUCGACUUGAAAAAGGAGAUAAUAGCCUCCACCCUGCACAAUGCCCGCUAUUCCAAGAGCAGAAAGACGGUGGGAUCGAUGAGUAUAAAGCCGGUAGAUCCUAUGGUCAUUACCUUGCAAGGCAUUCAGAACUGCUUGGAAGAGUACGAAAAGGUAACCAAAUCCCUCGAGGCGGAGGCAAACUUCGAUCUCUACAACUACUGGCAGAAGAACAUCCCAGCCCAGCUCAAGAACCUGACCCCGCGGGCCGGAGGUAAGACCAAAAGGGGCUCCAACACCUCCAAACCAAAAACGGCCAAAGGAUCCGACAAAAUGCGUCUCGAGAAGAUCCGUUGCACUUCUGUCAACGCCAAGGAACACCACAAGGUGGGAAAGGAGGGCAAGGUGUCGCAACAGGAGUUCAUCAAGGAUAAUCCCAUGUACACCAAAAUCCUGAUCCUGAUCAUUGGCCAAAUGGACAAUAACUUCUACAGGACCCUGCUGGCCUAUGAGCAACCCCUCCGGGCCGUCAUCCAUUUCCUUCCAGAAGAGAGUGCCUACGAUAUGCUGGUGCCACGCCCUCGUCGCGAACGGGAGCUACAGGAGGCGGUGGCUGCUAUCCAGCACAGCAUCAACUCGCUCCGGAAACGGACGCCCAUGAAGCCGGUGGGAAUCUUCCAGCAGAAAUUGCCCCAGAUGUCCGCCUGCAUGGCCACCAAGUUUUCCGAAGACAUUUUCGACCAGCUGAGCUGGUACAUGUACGACGUGGAGACGCUGAGGGAAUGGUACCGACGCUUUUACGUGGAGUCCUACCAGGAGACAAAUGUUAAGAUGGAUCCGUCCCUCCAGCUGCAGGACGCCUUUCACAUUCUGGAAUCGCUGAGCAUUCAGGGUCACUACCUUAAGGCCCAGAUGCCGGCUGCCCGAGAUGAUGAUGGCACCGUCUACCUGUACAUGGAGUCGCUAAUGAGCACGUUCGGGAAUCCCCGCGAGCUGAUGAACGAAACAGAGGUCCUUCUGCUGGCCAAUCCGACGCCAGCGGUUCAGACCCGGGUUCUGGACAAAGUCAAGGUGUACGCCAAUGCCUUCAAGAGCAUCGUGAAGCUACCCAAGAAUGAUCGCGUAUUUCUGGAAGAGUCCAAUGAGCUGCUGACCAGCCUGCUCUCCUACAUGGACCAGGGCCUGAUGCGGAACAUCUACCACGGCUGCCUGGAGUACAAUCUGAUGCGACGUUACUUCACCUCCGGUUAUAUCACUAAUGGUAUCCAGGUACAGCCCUACAAUGGCGACCCGGAACCGAUCUAUCUGCCCAAGUUCGCCCAGCUGUAUCUUACGGAUGACUCGGUGACCCAGAGAAUCAUUCAACUGGUGAACGACUACGAUGACUUCACCGUGGAGGAGGUGCGUCCGAAUGUCCAGCUCUACACCUUUCGUCGCGGCCUGAACGAGGUCUUCGAGCAGGAGAAGCAGACGGUCAUCCCUACGCGACUCUGCUUCCGGGACUUUACCCUCUAUGAGAUGGAACAGUUCCUCCAGGACUUCGUCACUCCUCAAAAGUUUAGCGAAAUGCAGGAGAGCUUCAUAACAACCAACAUGAGCACGUCCACGGUAUUGAAUCAGAAGGAGCCUGUGUUCAUUAAAUGCGGCGAUGGCCCGGACAACCACGUUAGCAUCGAUCCCAAUCUCUUUGUGCGUCCCAAGUCGAUCAAGGGCCAACAGGUCAAAGCUAAGGAUGUUGGUUCAUCGCCAGAUGCCGAGUCUCGGGCGGGCACCCGGGUACCGUCCAUAACGCAAGUCGCUCCGGGUGCAAAAUCUGUGCGGAAUUCGGCCUUUUUUGCGGAGGAUCUGACAACGAUCCAGAACGCAAGCGAAUCGGUGCUCCAAAAAGCUGGCCUGAGACCCAAUCAUCCCAUGCUUAAGGGUUACAAUUUGGACGAUACCCGCCAAACGAUCAAGGCCAAGACCUCAAAGUACUUCUUUGAGGAGGGCCGGGUCACCUUGUACGAGGAGAAGUGGAACUUCCGGCAAAUGAACAAGUGUCUCUCGCUCGAGGUAGCCGAUCAGCAGGUGCACUUCCGAAAUCUGGCGCACAAUGUCUUUACAACGGACUGCAGUGUCCGGAUCGAAUCGAAGAAUGGGAUCAGCCUGCGGGUCAUGCCCAAGGAAUUGGAGUGUGCCAAGGCGGUUCUCAACUACCCCAAUGGCCUCAGCACCUACUGCCAUGAUACCCAUGCAGAGCAUCUCUGGCAAUAUCAGGAGAAUGAACUGGAGGAGAGUCGACGUGUAUGCACCCCCUACGGUUGUGUGAUCUCUUUCUACCAAAACAACGAUACCGUGGUAAUAAUGCGGUAUAAUGGCGAGGUGUACUACCUGUACAGCUUUACGGAUGCAGAGAACGAGGAGGAGGAGGAGAUGACCUCAGAGUUUAUCAACGCCUGCUCCACCCAGUCAACAUACAGUAGCUACAAGCCCAUCCCCAACGAUUCCAAGCCCAAGUGCAACAAGAAGAAGCGCAAGGGUAGCGAAAGGGUGGCGGCCGGAGCGGACUCCAUUAUGAGGCCAUCCAAUCAGAGUAUGCUCUCCAAGCAGAGCGGAUCAAAUGCGGCGCUCCGGAAGAAUCGUCUGACCAAGAACAAGCAGUACGCCGCCCUGUUCGCCAGUGUGGAGUUCGAGCUGAACUUCCUGAACUUCAUCAUGGCCCUGUACAAGCUGAGCUAUCGCCAUCUGAAGCUCAUCACCACCCUGGGCAGCGUUGUGCAUGUCCAGAGCGAUGGAAAGAUCUGGUGUGGCAAGCCCUUCCGGAACACGGAAUGGCAUGACUACUACGUCAACGAAUCCUACUCGAUGCGCGACGACGGCGUCAAGAUGAUCUGGACGGUGGGGGAGCUGCGAUGCUACCACAGCGACGGCACCUGCAUCAAGUCGGGCACAGCCGAGGGUUGGGAUCCGGGUACGGAGAACGAUGAAAUCGACCUGGAAAUCACCUCCAGCAGCUCUCACAGGCGCUCCAGUGGGGAAGAAGAACAAAGAAACACUACUAUAUACAUCAAUGCUCCCGAUGGUCUACCUUUCGAUCAUUCCGUUGAACCCCAGACGGUUGAGACAGAGUCCAUUACCGUGGAGACCGUCCAGGUGCAUCCAAGGAAGUUGCCGUCCCUCGAAGAUGAGCCAAUGAUUGAGGAGGAGGAGGGGGAAGUCGUCUUCGACAUGAGUUACAUUACAUUUAUGCCGAAUACCUUCUCGAUGUUCCACCAAAUCUACGCCAGCAUCCAGUUCAACUUCAACCACAUCACCAAAGUGGACCUGAAUAUCGAGACCUCGGUCUGUACCUGCGACAACAUGAAGCUGCGAAUCUUUAAGAGCUCCCCGAUCUCCGAUUCCCCAAUUUCCCCAACUGAUAGCGAGUUUAAGAACUUGGCGGAGGUCCAACAGGAUGUGCCGUCGUCCUCUGCCGAUCCUGAUGAAUGGACCCGGACGCCAUUCUAUCCAUCCGAGCCAGAAGCUCCGUCCAGCGAAUCGCCCGGCGGAACGGAGGAGCAGGUGCCAGAAGUGGUGGACCUUCUUGAUCGCACCUGCGUGGAGAUUGAAUGCUCCAAUCUCCUGGUUCAUGUUUAUGAGGAUAAGGCCACCAUUCAAACCCAGUUGCGGAAGUUUGGAUGCGAUGAGAACGCAAAGUGUGACCUGCAGGUGCGUGACAACAUAAUAUUGGACGUCAAUUACACUGAAAGCCUCUCCACUACCUUCGGGAAAUGGAUCGAGGAGCUAACCAGCUUCAUCAACUGUUUCUGCCCCAAAUGGCGGACACUGUAUUUCCUGGAGAGUUUAGAUGCCCAAUGCCAGAAAAAAGGUUUUGAGAUGAUGAAGGCUAUCCCGCCAUUGGGAAAGUAUAACUUUUGUGCUGGGAACUACUUUAUUGAUGCCCAUGAACUGAUUUCCGUGGAUAAUAAGAUGAAAAACAACUACCCAUGGAUCAACGAAGAUCUGGUAAAGUUUCCCCGUUUUCCACUCUACAAGAAGACACCACCACCUGAGGAGUUUCCCUUGGUGCUGAAGGCAAAGAUAUUUGUGGAGAUACCAGCCCAACUGGCCAAUACCGACAGGAUACAUCAGUUUGUGAAUGAGUUUGACAAGAUCAAGUUCAGGAAGCAGCGAUAUCGCUUCAAUGAGGCCGUGCUCUUCCAUCUGCAUCCUCGACUGCGUCUGUUGGUGCAGCAGGAGAUCAGCAAGCGAAGCUGGAAGAACCACCACGAGGAGAUGCGGCGCCGAAAGUUCAUGGAGCAACAGCGCCUCAGCCUCUACAUGGCCAUGCUGAAGCACAAGGUGUAUCCGAACUACUUCCAGUUCAAGGACCAGUUCUACUCCCAUGUCCGCAACAUCGACUUCUUCAACUUCAUGACUUCAAAGUGCAACGAACGGAUCCAUCCCGAGGAGGUGAUGGUGGAUCCCAUCGAGGAAGUCUCCUCGCCAACGUCAAAGGUUUCGCCCAAAAACCGCAAGAAAUGUUACUGCCCCAAGUAUCUAAAGUCAAUUGAAUAGGCA